AUGCGACCAGAAGGCAGUUCAGGGCAGAGUUCAUCAUCUUCAUCAUCAUUCGAAAAGACCCCCCGCGAACCCCAGGAAUAUCCCCUGGAGAUACUGGACCAUGAUUCUGACAGUAGUAACCAAUUCGUGGCGGUCCCUCGCGGGAGCUCCGAUUCCGUCAGGCUCGGCGAUGAGGAGGAACAUAGUUCAGAGCCUCUGCUCCCGACGUCUGUUCAAUUGCCGCGCCCAGAACUAAAAAGGGCAGAGAGGUUUGAGUGUUCAGUGCCGGGGGUGAUUAACUGGGCGAAAGGACCGCCACAGCCGCGGAAGUAUCAGAUAACACCUUGGCUGCGGCGUUGGCAAACCGCCCCAGGACGCUUAAUUGACCGAUAUUGUCCUAGUAAAAGGGCCAAGAUUGGGCUUCUGUUCUCUGUUGUCAUUUUGUGGUUCGUUAUUUUUCUUUCGAUUAUACAUAAAUCGGUCAAUGGCAUCGACGUAUCUGGGUACGGGAAACCGGUGAAACUUGCAUGCUCCGAUAGACUUUGGUCGGGCUCGACUUCUUGUGGAAUCAAUGGCGAUAAUUGCCGUCCCUUUGACAAAGAGGGAUUCGCCUUCCGCUGUCCGGCAGGCUGCUCGUUCUCCAUGGUGCUAGAACCAUACGUCGUGGGGCCCCAGGAGAUUAAUUACCGGAGUCUGGUCGUUGGAGGCUCGAAUGGGAGCGAUAUGGGCGUCUACCGUGGUGAUUCGUUCAUCUGCCCAGCAGCAUUGCAUGCUGGGCUUAUUUCGGACCAGCAGGGAGGCUGCGGUAUCCUCCGCCGCACGGGCGAACAAAACGAAUUCCCGGCCGUGGAAAAGAAUGGGAUCUCGAGCUUGGGAUUCUCAUCGAACUUCCCUCUCUCUUUCACUUUCGAUCAAGGUGGUGCUCCGGGUGACGCGGGUAUCGACUGCCCGGAUCUCCGGUGGUCACUGUUCACUUUCGCUGUGGUGAUCACUACCUUGCUCUCACUAUGCAUUUCUUCACCUGCCGCCUUUUAUACCUCUACCUUUUUCAUUGUAUACUUUCAGGUAGGGUUGUCUUCGGACCCUCCUGAAUAUCCGAACUAUUAUGAAGUCGUAUCGACUGCGCUGGGUCGAUUCCUUCCCGCUGCUUUCUGUGGGUUCGUUAUAUACUAUUACUGCGUUCGCCACACGCUGGAAGAGCUUGAAGCCCACUGGGAUAAAACAGUCUUAUGGCUCGGGGCCUGCUGGGUCGGAGCUUUGAAUACGGACACAUUCGACAAAAUCCCGAUCUCACGUCUCACGCCGCAUGAUAUCCAGCAACAACCAGGCGCAAUCCCAGCCUUGAUUACUAUUGUCACCAUUCUAAUUGCCAUCGUCAUCACCCAAGCCAUCGCAUUCCGCAACGAAGGACGAAUGCCGAAAAUGCUGGGCGUGUAUGGCCUGUUGGUCGCUGGCGUCCUAACUUUGCUAGUCGUACCAAAUAUGAACCUGCGAAUCCACCACUACAUCCUCAGUCUUCUAUUCCUCCCGGGAACAACACUUCAAACUCGCCCAAGUCUCCUUUACCAAGGCCUCUUGGUGGGGUUGUUUAUCAAUGGCAUCGCCCGUUGGGGCUUUGACAGCAUCCUUCAAACCCCAGGAGCUCUUCUCGAUGGCGCGCAGUUGGGAUCACCUCUUCCUGAAAUUGCGGCGCCCUUGGUUAUGUCUAGUCAGAACAUCUUGUUUAACUUUCCAGACCUGCUUGCGGCAGACGCCGAUGGAAUUAGUGUGCUGGUGAAUGAUGUCGAGCGCUUCCUUGGGUUCCGGGAGGAAGACGGGAAAGUGGACUCAUUCAACUGGACGAGACAGCGUGAGGGUGAUGCGGAAUAUUUCCGAUUUGGAUUCAUUAAGUUGAAUGCACUGGGAGGAUUUUGGUACGAAGAUUUUACGGACCCGGUUAUUUGGGAGGGGGAUGGAAAGUGGAAUGAGACAUUUCGUUCUCUUUAG